ACACAUAACAUGGUGCCACACAACCCCUCCCCGGAUGUGAUAUAGAAGAAAAGCCGGAGAUGCUCAUAGUAGUAGACUAGGAGUGUAGCAAUGGAGAAAAGCUUCACUCUCGUCCAAACCAUCGCCACAGCAGGCGUCUUCUCCGCUGUUUCUUUCUGGUACGGCUUCAUGUUCGGCAGAGAGUCUGCCCGCAAGGAGCUCGGUGGCUUGAUCGACAAUCUUCGACGGGGCAAUUCCGAUCAUGCCUCUCCUCCUCCACAUACCUGAAUUUGUUGCCGUUGUCAAGGUUGACAGCAUCAAGUGAGCUCUGGGAAAAAACCCCUGUUGUGCUUCUUUGAAACUGAGUCAGGGGAAGAUCCUGUUGCUGAAGAAGUUUGGCAAAUGUUCCUUCUUAGUACCACAUAUGCAACCGAUGUUUGAUCUGUGACUGAGAAGUUUAACUCUAUUUUGCACACGAGAUUUCCCCCCUCUUUUUUACCUUUAUGAUUUUGUUGUACUCAAUUAGAACUAUGGUGGCAUUUGUAAAGCCAAUGUGACAGAUAAAAUGUUUGUUUUGAAGGCAUUAAUCUAUGCCUCUAGCCCCCUCGGCGGGACCAGUUAUCUUUC